GACGAAUUCAAUCCGCACCUGCUUGGACGGUGAUCUGGGAUAACAUACCCACUUCAACAAAUUCAUGCACAUGAGCUGCGAUAGGUCAUAGAGGCUAUGGCAGACCUAGAAGAUCUGCUAGGCCGCGUCCACUCAACUGCAAAUGCAGAAAAUGACAUCGCUUUGGACGAGAUUCUACAUCAACAACACCAACGUAAACGGUCUAAGGUGUCCCAGCAGCAGUUAAAGCAUGAGCUCGAGGACGAAUUUCUAAGUCCUUCCACUUCAUUCAGCGCACACUGGCUCAACAAAUUGCAGCAACGAUGGGAGACACCGACAAAUUACACCGAGCUUUUCCAGAUUGCCCCAACGCAGACACGUACAAUUAUCAGAUUCAACAGGGAAGGCCUGGAGGGGCGUGUGACUGGGUAUAAGGAGAUCACUGUUCCUGCGAGUAGUGCCACAGCGAAGAAUUCCACUUCUAUCCUGCGCAAACCCGCGAAUCGAGCGGACUUCGUCCGCGGGGCUGCUGGCUUCUUUCCCUUCACACCUGGCGGACUUGAUGGAGUUGAAGCCGUCGCAGCGCUCGAGGACCAAGCAAUUCAGGCCGAAGAGAAUGAGCGAAGCGCAAGAGGAGGCGGUCUUGACAGGAUUAUUGCCUUCGGUACAGAAGGCGGCUUGCUUGAGGUUCCGCCGGGUUUCUCGAGGGGCAUGAAAAUAUCCGAGAAGACAGUAGAGGAGGAUAACGGCGCAAAGGAGGUACAAGAAGUUCUUGAAGAGGAGCCCGAGCCCCCCGAGGAGUUGACCCAACUGCCUGUUGUAAAUGGCAAACCAGAUUUAGAGGAUGAUUCGGACGACGAUGGCAACGAAUCCGAGGAGGAUAUAGAUUCCCUGCUACCCGUAGAAUUUCCCGCCCUGGCUCCUCAUGGACAGCUUGCAAUGUCAAGAGCACGACGCAGCGGGAAGGAGUGGGCGCACAUGGUGGACGUAAAUCGCGACAUCUCUAACUUCAAAGAACUCGUGCCAGACAUGGCUCGUGAAUGGCCAUUCGAGUUGGACACAUUUCAAAAGGAGGCAGUAUAUCACCUCGAAAAUGGUGAUUCAGUCUUUGUCGCCGCACACACGUCGGCUGGCAAGACUGUUGUUGCUGAGUACGCAAUAGCACUAGCCGCGAAACAUAUGACGAAAGCUAUCUACACGUCACCAAUCAAGGCUCUCAGCAACCAGAAGUUCCGCGACUUCCGUAACUCUUUUGAUGAUGUAGGUAUCUUGACAGGAGACGUACAGAUACGUCCGGAAGCCAGCUGUCUCAUCAUGACCACGGAGAUCUUGCGUAGUAUGUUGUAUCGCGGAGCUGAUCUAAUCCGUGAUGUGGAAUUUGUUAUCUUUGAUGAGGUGCAUUAUGUCAAUGACCUUGAGCGUGGUGUUGUGUGGGAGGAGGUUAUUAUAAUGCUUCCAGAACACGUGACCUUCAUCCUACUAUCAGCCACGGUCCCGAACACCUAUGAAUUUGCUUCAUGGGUUGGUCGAACGAAAAAGAAAGACAUAUAUGUCAUUUCUACGCCAAAACGACCAGUACCUCUCGAGCAUUAUCUGUGGGCAAACAAGGCUCUCUACAAGAUUGUGGAUUCAAACAAAAAAUUCAUCGACCAAGGCUGGAAAGCUGCAAAUGAUACCCUUAGCGGUAAAGACAAAAUCAAGGCUCCUGCCCAAAAAGAAGACUCGAGUGUUUCUCGUGGGGGCUCACGAGGCGGAUCACAGCGAGGUAGCAAUCCAACAGGACGCAAUCAACGAGGAGGUGCUCAGCGAGGUGGGCAACAGCAGCGUGGUGGCCGCGGAGGACCAUCACAGACGAGUCGGGGAAACAUUGCACGCACAGGGCGAGGAGGUGGCAGGACAACUGCCGCGCAAGACCGCAACAUAUGGAUCAACCUGGUCUCACAUUUGCGACAAAAGGAAUUACUACCUUGUUGCGUUUUCGUUUUCUCCAAGAAGCGAUGUGAAGAAAAUGCAGAGGCGUUAUCCAACCUCGACUAUUCUUCUGCGGCAGAAAAGAGUGCAAUACAUGUGACUAUCGAACAGUCUAUCGCUCGACUUAAACCUGAGGAUCGACACUUACCUCAAAUUAUCCGAAUCCGCGAGCUGCUUGGUCGUGGAAUAGCCGUGCAUCAUGGAGGCAUGCUACCCAUUGUCAAAGAAGUUGUGGAAAUAUUGUUCGCACGCGGGCUGGUCAAGGUCUUGUUUGCGACGGAGACAUUUGCAAUGGGCCUUAACCUUCCCACCCGAACGGUUGUGUUCUCGGGAUUUCGCAAGCAUGAUGGUCGACAGUUUCGAGAUCUUUUGCCAGGAGAAUAUACUCAGAUGGCUGGUAGAGCAGGUCGCCGUGGUUUGGAUACUGUUGGCACCGUAAUCAUCGCCACGCCAGGAGCUGACGAGGCCCCAUCUGCAGCACGCCUGAGACAGAUGAUUCUGGGUGAUCCCACCAAAUUGCGAUCGCAAUUCAGGCUCACCUAUAACAUGAUUUUGAAUUUACUUCGGGUCGAGGCGCUGAAGAUUGAAGAGAUGAUCAAACGAAGCUUCAGCGAGAAUGCCACCCAAGCACUGCUACCCGAACAUGAGAAGGCUGUCAAACUUGGUGAGGCAGACCUAGAGAAGAUCAAAAGAGAGCCAUGCCCAAUCUGCGAUGUGGACCUCCAACUAUGCCAUGAAGCUUGUAUGAAAUAUAAUGAGCUAACCAAGCAGCUUCACGCUGCAGUUGUCGCCACACCAGUUGGGAAACGAAUGUUUACUGCAAAGAGGCUUGUCGUAUACAAAAAGAAUGGCAUACGGUCCGCAGGCAUGCUUGUCCGAGAAGGUCUCAGCCGUGGCGACAAUCCAACCCUACCGAUCCUCGAAAUCAGCUCCAAUAAAAAGAAGAGCAUGAGUGACGACUUGCCCUAUCUUGGGUCAUUCGCUCAUCUCUUCACGCCACUUCCUAAAACGUUCAAAGAACUUACGCUGAAGACAAGCUUCAUUCCACUUAGCGAUGUCGAGUGUGUGACUGAGACUGUCAUUAAAUCCGAAGUGACCUUCAAAGCGCUGAAUAAGAAGGACGCCAAACAACUUGCCGAGGAACAAUUCAUUCCCCUAUGCCAAUCGUGGACAUUUCGUAAUUGGGAUGAGGUGAACUGGCGCAAGAUCAAAGAUCUCACUGUCCAGAACUUGUUGGACGAGAGGAAAAAGGUCGCAGAGGAUGCUCAGAUCAAAGAUUGUCUCAAGUGUUCCAAAUUUUUGCAACAUUACACAAUGCAGCACGAUGAGUGGGUAAUAAGGGAAAACAUAGCUCAGUUGAAGCAAUUGAUGAGCGACCAAAACCUACAGCUCUUACCGGAUUAUGAGCAGAGGAUCAACGUGCUAAAGGAACUAGGUUUCGUGGACCAGAAUUCUCGAGUAGAGCUGAAGGGCAAGGUUGCGUGCGAGAUUCAUACUGCAGACGAACUCGUGCUUACCGAGUUGGUCCUCGAAAAUGUGCUCGCGGAUUAUGAGCCAGAGGAAAUUGUUGCUCUUCUUUCCUGCUUCGUUUUCCAAGAAAAGACAGAAGUAGAACCCAAUCUCACGACGAACCUCGAACGUGGCAAAGCGGCCAUAAUCAGCAUAUCCGAGCGCGUCAACAACAUCCAAACCAUUCACCAAGUUAUUCAAUCUUCAGAUGAUUCUAACGACUUUGUAUCACGACCGCGAUUCGGAAUGGUCGAGGUUGUGUACGAGUGGGCGCGCGGGAUGAGCUUCAACAGGAUCACCGACCUAACUGAUGUGAUGGAGGGAACUAUUGUUAGAGUCAUCACUAGACUAGACGAGACGUGUAGAGAGGUGAAAAAUGCGGCGAGAAUUAUUGGCGACCCAACACUAUACCAGAAGAUGCAGCGUUGUCAGGAGAUGAUCAAGAGGGACGUUUGCGCCACAGCGAGUCUGUACAUGUGACAGUCGAUCUGCGGCUAUUUACUCAACUUCACAGUCGACGGAAUGUGCAUCUAGAGUCAUAGCGAUGAUCCUUCAAUCAGCCCGUUAAUGUAGCUGAGACACAUGACUUUAAAGACAAGAAUUCGUACGAACUUCGCUGCGAUGCUAGCAUACAUGCUUAUGUUCGACAGCGAAAAGAAAAGAACGAGAUUUAAUUGUUCAAGGAAAGGAAUUUCUUCGAAAGAUAGUUUUGUUUCUAUCGUUUUCUUGACUAUCUUCCGUCCCAUUUUCUCCGCAUAUCCUAUUCCAAUACUUUGAAACCGAGGGGUAUCUUCUUACAUUUGGGACGCCAAAGGAAUUACAAAUACAAGCGAGUACGCUUCAGAUGCAAGCCAACAAAGUAAAGAAAAUGC